AUGGCCGAACAAACGAAGAGCAGCGGAUCGCAUGUGGUCGACGAAGAGAAGCUUCGUGUGACGAGUGUGUUCCAGCAGACACAUGAGCAUGCUGUAGUCGAUGAGAAUGCCACGCUGGACGACCAGACCUUGGGAGCGCUUGGCUACAAGCAGGAAUUCAAGAGAGACUUCUCCAUUCUCCAAUCCUUCUCGGUGUCUUUCUCGAUUCUCGGUCUUCUACCCAGCAUCGCGUCGACCUUGCCCUAUGCGCUGGGAUAUUCUGGUACUGGCGGGACAGCCUGGGGAUGGCUGAUCGCAGCCUUUAUGAUUCAAUCUACAGCAUUCAGCAUGGCAGAGCUAUGUUCUGCAAUGCCCACCGCAGGCGGCCUGUACUACGCAGCUGCGGUUCUCGCGCCAGAUGGCUGGGGACCUAUUGCAAGCUGGUUUGUGGGAUGGUCGAACUUCUGCGGCUUCGUGACAGGCCCGUGCUCCCUCAAUUAUGCCUUGGCCGCCAUGAUCGUCACUUGCGGGCAGGUCACGAACCCCGAUUACGUGCCAAAAGACUGGCACAUCUACCUGGUCUUCCUGUCGCUCCUACUGAUUAAUGGUGUCCUGUGCAUGCAGAGCACUAAAUUCAUUGGGCAUGUCAAUGUAGCUGGCACGGUCUGGAACGUAUUCUUGGUCUUGCUCUUCGUCAUCUGGUUCCCAGUGGGCUCCAUUAACACGCCGAAGACGAAUAGCACCCAUGCAGUGUGGACAGAAUUCGAAAAUGGAACAGAUUGGCCAAUCGGGUGGGCGACCAUCAUGGGCUUUCUGACAACUGUUUGGACUUUGUCAGGCUAUGAUGCACCGUUCCACUUGGCAGAAGAAUGCUCAAAUGCUAACAUCGCAUCUCCUCGGGCUAUCGUUCUAACAGCCCAGACCGGUCUCUAUAUGGGCUGGGCAAUCAUGCUCGUCAUUGCGUACACUGUAAAAGACAUCGGAGAGGUCGUAGCAGGACAGUAUAGCCAGCCUUUUGGCUCGCUUUGUCUGCAAGUCUUAGGCAAGAAGGCUGGCUUGGCAAUGUUUGCUCUAAACAUUAUCGGCCAGUUCUUUUGCGGCCAAGGAUGCACAAUUGCUGCCUCUCGGGUCGUAUUUGCGUACUCUCGUGACGGGGCCAUCGUUGGUUCUAGAUGGUGGAGACAGGUGAACAGCCGCACGAAGACGCCUGUGUACGCCACCUGGGGCGUGCUUACAAUCGCCGCCUUGCUUGGUCUGCUGGUCUUCGCCGGACCAAUCGCCAUCGGAGCAGUCUUCAGCAUUGGCGCGAUCGGCCAGUAUACAGCCUUCACGUUUCCAGUAUUCCUCAAGCUGUUCUUUGCCAAAGACAAAUUUCGACCAGGUCCGUGGAAUCUCGGAAAACUCUCAAAGCCAGUCAAUGCUGUCGCCUGUGCAUGGUGGCUCAUCAUAGCUCCUGCUCUCUGCUUUCCGGCCUACACUGGUAGUCAUUUGAACGCGCAGACCAUGAACUGGACUAUAGUUGUGUAUGGUGGAGCGAUGACUCUCGCCAUGAGCCACUACUUCAUCAGCGGCCGGAAGUGGUUCAAGGGACCUAGAAUUAACAUUGAGCAUUUGAACCAGGUCGACACCCCGGGCUUGAAUGUGUCGGAAUCACAGGCCUCUGAUGAUCUAACGUCUAUGCCUACAAAGCGAGAGUAGUAGCGAGAUAUAUCUAAGUAGCAGCAGACAAUACGACGUUUUUGAUCAGAUG